AUGUCCAAGCGGAGCCUCUCCCCCCACGAUGCCAGCGAGUCCGGAUCGGAGCCGAAGCGCACCAGGGUGGACGCACCCCGUGCUGAGUCCCCUGCGGCCCCGGACAGCCUCCUCGCCCUCGAGCCGACGGCUGGGAGGGACGGCGAUGACGGCGAGACGGCGAUCCAGUCGCUGGGCCCCACGCACCACUUUCACGCCCGUUGCGGCCUUCAGCGGUCGAUAGCCGUCGUCCUCCGUCAUGACGGCUUCGACUCCGCCACACCCGAGGCCAUGGAAAGCUUCACGGCCUUGGUCGAAUCAUACAUGGAGUCCAUGGUCGAGGAAAUCAAGCGGUUCGCCAUCGCUGCAAGGCGAGAACGUCCCACCCCAGUCGACUUUGCCCUCAUGCUCCGGCACCACAACCUGCCCAUCGCCUCGCUCAUGUCGCAUCUGAAGAACCCCGUGCCAAAGGAGCAGCGGGCCCCUACCUUCGCGGAUGUCGUAUGCGCCGACUCCGACGCCCUCACCACUCUCCCGCUGCUCGGCCCCGAGCUCAGCGGCCAGGCAGAUAAGGAGGCGAUGAGCUACAUACCCCCCUCGUUCCCCGAUUUCCCAAGCCAGCAUACCUAUCGCUUCACCCCGCGGGAGGACACGGUCGUCCGCGACUCCAAGAAGAUCCGCGAGGAGGCCGCCCGCACCGCACAGCAAGGCGAGGACGCACUACGACGCUUGGUCCGCGCUUCCAAGAUGCGGAAACAAAAAGAGGUCAAAUCGCUCGUCGAGAGGGAUCCCGAGGGCAAGGAGCGCUUCCGCCUGUGGGAGUCAACAAUGAAGCGCUUCAUGGGCGCAGAAGCACGCGCCGAGAACGCCGACCAGGUCGACAUCUCCCAGCACAGCAUGAUCGUGAACGGGGAUGCCGUCUUCGCCCGCAGGGAAGUCUCGAGGCAAGGGAAGCGGUCGGCCGGCCUGUCCGUGACCGGGAAAUAG